AUGAGCUCCUCUACCGUCCAAGUCCCCCGCCCGCCCUCCGGCACAGGCACCGGAAAAGACCUCGCUCCCACCGGCGCCCCCGGAUCUAUGGGUUUCGACAUUGUCAGAUGCUCGCGCUGCCAAUGCACUAUGAGUCUAGAUAGCGGAUCUACCCCUGCCGGAGUUGUGCGCUUCGGAAUGAACAUGUGCGAACAGAGUGGGAUAUACUGGUUGAACAACGAACCCUCGCGCUACAGUUACGACGUGAUAUCUACCACUCUACAACGAUUUCGGAUACAAGUUACGGGAAACAUAUACGAAUACAAGUCGAACUCGGACUCACCUAUCGUCACCCUCGGGUACUGA